GUACUUUGCAAGUUGAAAGGUCACGGGGCGGUGUUUCAUGUUGUACUAGCUACGUGUGCUUCUGACGGGCUAGCCAGCAAGCUGAAGCUAAAUAAUUGCAGUGAACAUCAUGGUACUACUUGAAAACGACUCGUUUUUGACGGAGCUGACACGGCUGUUCCAGAAAUGCAGGACUUCAGGCAGUGUUGCCAUCACGUUAAAGAAAUAUGAUGGGAGAACCAAACCAGUCCCAAGGAAAGGUCACCCAGUGAAUUAUGAACCAGCAGACAACAAGUGUCUACUCAGAGCGUCAGAUGGCAAGAAGAAAAUCAGCACAGUGGUUAGUAGCAAAGAAGUAAUCAAGUUCCAGAUGGCAUACUCUAACCUCCUGAGAGCUCACAUGGACGGGCUCAAGAAGAAAGACAAGAAAAGCAAAAGCAAGAAAACCAAAGCCACCCAAUGAGCAACAGACUCUUUCAUAGCAUACUGGGGGAACCCAGACUGGCCUGUACCACCUCCAAGGAGCUCUAACUAUCACCUCUACCUCCAUCCUUCCUGCUCUGAUAUGUUCCCUGAGGCCCACCAUCCUCCACCUGGGGACAGCUUUGACAUCAUGCCAUUGUUUACACAGCAAUGUCUCAUCCCUGGCCAGUGAAUGACAUCAGUCUAUAUAGGGAGGAAGGGUGAGCUGAGGAUGUUUAGCAGUCAGAGGAUACUACAAGUGAGCUACCUUUUGAUCCCCCCCCCCCCCAUCUAUGGUGUGGAUCAAAGUUACACAGAGCUGCAUUCAUUUAUGGAGUCACCGAAAGGGUGGAACAUGUUGAUGAAAUGCCUUUCAAAUCGUUUUAAUUUGAACUACUAGGCCCUGUCUCUAUUUAUGUUUGAAUUAUCCCUCAGUUUGGUUUGCUUGUCAAUUUGAUUACAUUUUCACUAAAGUUCUGAUUUACUUGAUUUACUAUGGACCUUGUCUUAACCAUUUGUGGAUAGAUUAUUACUGUGAGUGACGAUGCCAUAUACAUUUGUUAUGGUUGGGGCCGAAUGCUUUUUCUUGCUAUUCAAAUUAAUAUUAUUUUUAUGAUGGAAAGUGAGAUCCUGAGAUCUCUUUGGUAUUUCUUAAGACAAAAUUAUUAAAUGGUUGAGUUCCUUAUUGGUCCAAUGAAAUUUUUCAA